ACGUCAUGAGCAGGGAUUAUUAUCGCAAGCCAGAAGCUCUAUACAUCAUAACAAUAUCAGAUACUACUAAAGAUAAUGUUAAACUAAUAUUUCAGACACUUUGGAAGUAUCAUAUUAUACGUACCCUUAUCAUUGUUAGAGAAACAAAUAAUUAUUCAUCAAUAUAUACCUAUUUUCCAUAUGCAGAUGGUGGUUGUGGCCGGAAUUAUAGUAAUGUAAUUAAAAUAAGUGAUUGCAAUAGUGUUAAGAAAACUGAUAUUAUGCACUCGAUACGUGAACGUGAUAUUCCUAUCCUUAAGAAUUGUGUUUUACAAGUAGGAACUCAUAAUUACCCACCAAUAGUUAUAUCAGAGAUAGACCCGAAAAAUAAAUUCAUUGUUGGAAUUGAAAUAUAUUUUUUGAACAUUUUAGCAAAAAUUGAAAAUAUAUCUUUAAAUUAUGUAUUUCUUCCCGAAUCUGAAUUUGGCCAAGUAUCUGAUAAUUUUACUGUCAAUGGAAUAUUGAGGAAAUUACAUGAUAAUGAAGUGGAUUUGGUGAUUGGGGGAUUUGCGUUAAACAGUCGGCGGGCGCUGUUCUUUGACUAUAUAUGGACCCACUUUGCGUAUGAAGAUAGUUUUGUUACUGUGACUCCUAGUGCCGGUCUCGAAGAACGAUGGAAAAUUAUUUACAUAGUGUUCAAACCACUGGUCUGGCUACUAUUACUAUUCAUAUUCUUACUUUGUUCAUUUCUUCUUUCAAUUCAUGAAUGUAAUUACACUGUACUUAAUAAUAAUAUAUCUUCUGAACUUCUUACUCUAAUUGGAAAUUGUACACAAAACAUUGCAUUAAGUCUCAAAGGACAAAAAUUUAAAAAUUUGAUUAUUGUUCAUUGGCUAUGGUUUGCGUUUUUAGUAAAUUGUUUUUAUCUUACUAAGCUAACAAGUUUUACUACAUACCGGAUCAGCAAUCCACAAUUGAAUGAAUAUAUGUCUUUAUACAAUUUCAACUUUACUCCGUGUUUCGCACUUGACAUAGCUCCUUUUUUGAAAAGCUCUGGUCAAGUUCCUAUUAUACAUGAAGAAUAUCUAGAAACAGUUGGUUGUGAAACUGCCGAUUUAGCCAUGGAUAUGGUGGCAAAAACGCAAAAUAAGUACACAGUCACACACUACUAUCGGUACCUUUGGUGGAUAGCUAAAAAUCCAAUGAAAAAGGCACAGAUACAUCUCAUGAAAGAGAAACUGUACAACGCUGUUUAUGCCAUAUUUGUAAAACGCGGUUGCCCACUUUUAAAAGAUUUGCAACUUAAAAUGUUGCGCUUAGUUGAUAACGGUUUUGUGGUUGCUGCUAAAAAAAUUCACUUGAUUGAUAAUCAUGUAGAUACUAAUAAACGUCUUGAUGCUGACAUAUCUAUAUAA